CUGACUCACCGAGCGAUCCCCUCGCCGUUCCUGUGGGGCGUGUGGGGUUCGACUGCCUUCUUGGUGGUGGUGGUGGGCGCUCUGGCGGUUGCGGGCUUCGUGAUGGUGGAAGUGCGGUUUACCGGCUUCGCGACGCUCCACUGGCUGGAGGAGAUCUUCCGUGACCGUGUGGGUGACCCCUUGUUCUACUGGCUGGACCGGCAGAGCCGCCUGCCGAUGAUCGACGACAAGGUCUUUGAGGAGACCGACAACCUCAUGGUCUUCUUCUUCGACGAUCAGGAGCACCGCAUCAAGAUGAGGGCCAUCACCAACAUGCUCCUCAAGACUCUCCAACGGCACGACGAGCUCAAGGAUGUCAAACCCUUCUACGCCUACCGCACCAAGAAGCCCAAAAAGGAGACCAACAGCACAACCGCUGACAGCCCAGCCAGCGACAGCACGCCCUCAGCAGCAGCAGCGGCUGCAGCGAGCGAUGCCAUCCCUUUGGGUGCAUCCGUCGACGACGAACUCCCCCCGAUGAACGUCAUGAUGUACAAGGGGCAGCGGCGCGCCUCGCUGAAGGUGCCCUUCCCGCCCUCUGGCUUGACCGAGCUGCCGGUGCCACUGGAAGAGCUCCUGACGUUCUUCAAGCCCCGCUCGCAGGCGGCCGAUGAGGUGGCGCACACGGCGGAGUGCCCCGUGCGGACCAUCACGCACGACACCUUCGAGGUGGCGGUGGUGGCGCAGGCCACGCCGACCAACCCGGUGCUGGUGCAGCUUUAUGAGGACACGUGUUUCCUGUGCUUCUUGAUGCGGCCGUUCGUCAACAGCGUGGCCAAGAUCCUCGCCGACAACAAUGUGCCGCUGACGAUUGUGCGGCUCAACAUCGAGAGGAACGACUUCCCCAAAGACUGCCCGGUCGCCAGGGGCACACCCACAUUCGUACUCUUCAAAGGUACGUAAGGGAGGGAGGGAAUGGGCGAGAUCGAUGGGACACACAGGGAGAGAGACACACAUGGUUGGUGCCUUGUGGUUGUCGCGUACAGAGUGGAAGAAGCCGGAGCGUUGGGCAGAGUUCAAGCCCAAGGACUUCAUCAGUCGGCUGGAGGCGGCCAUCGGCCCCGACGCCCUCACCGACACCAUGCGCCUCCAGUUCACCCACCUCCUCGACAUGCUACCCGUGCGGCUGACACUCUUCAGCAACCUCGCCUUCCAGCUCGUCGACCUCAACGGCCUGCAGGCAGUCUCUAUGGGCCCACAAGGAGAGGGCGGCGUCGGGGAGAGCAGUGUCAAGAACAUGCCCCCGAUCGCCGCACUCCAGCACACCCCUCCAUCAGCAGCAGCGGCACCCCCGGCUGGUCGAUCUGACACGGGGGAAGGGUCCAAGGCCAACGGCGGCAGCAGUGAGGAGUUCCAGCGGGUGGUGACCGAGCUGAUGGAGGCCGACAUGAACCGUGUCGACUGCCUGGCCGAGAAUGUCGAGUUGCUCAAGAGGGAGGCCGACCAGGCCGAGAGCGACGUCCUCUACUACGCCAUUCUGAUGGCCGAGAAACUCGUUGAGUGGGAGAGAAAGGCGAGAAGUGAGUGAUGCAUAACUAGAUGGCGGACAGUGUGGCAGGCAGCUUCCUUUUGUCUGCACGCCAUAGCUAUAUGGGAUGGGAUGGGAUGGGACGUGCCAUGUUCGAGACUGAGACUGCGAGACAGUGAUUGUGGCAGCAAAUGCUCGUCAAUGGAAACGUGUGUCUUGGGGUGCGUCGAAGGUCUGGUUGGCUGUGCACCAAGCAGAGAGGGCGGCAGAUAGACACGGCAUGGUAACGAGAGUCGGACACACACAUCAGAGACAGCAGUAGCAGUCCACCACCCAUCAUGAUGGCUGUUUGCGGGUGGGCUGUGAGCAUCACAUAGGUGUGUGUAGUUUGCAUGUGAUGGUGUGAUUGUCAUUGCUGCAGUGAGUUCUUCCCGGCCGUCACGGGGUGGCCGGUGGCACAAACAGAUGAUCAAGGCAGUCUCAGUCAGUCAGAGAGUCAACACACACACCACACUCUCUUAUGCGUUGGGAAGAGGUAAAGGAACUCUGAAUAUAAUAAUGUAAG